AUGGCGGUGGACGAGCUACCCGAAGCUACCCAAAGAGAAGCCGAACUGCAGAGGCAAAUCGAUGGCCUGCAAAGUCAAAUCCGCCCCAUACCGACUCUGGAGACACCCAACUCCGGAACGGAUGCGAAUCUCCCACCUACGGCGUCGGGAAGAGACGUAUCAACGCCCGAAAAGGCUAAGGAUGCUCAGACCUAUGAUGUGGAAGACAGCGAAUCUGAGCCGGAACCCGAUAAGGAAGCGCCUGAUGGAGCAACGAAAGUGGAGUCUCCUAUGGUCGCUUACCUGGAACAGAUGUUCUCCAAGAGGCUUGAUGCCAUGCAGUCCAUGGUAGAGAGGCUCCCAGAAGUAGCUCCCCCCAUCCGGAAGAGAAACUCCGACUCUUAUGCCGAUAAUCCUUUCACGGAUGAGAUCACCUUGAUCGAGAUGCCAGGGAAGUUCUCCUUCCCCAGCAUAAAGGCGUAUGACGGCACCACUGAUCCGGAUGACCACGUCACCCAAUGCAGACAAAGGAUGCUCACCGAAGCACUCCCAAAGGAGUCACGCAAAGCUACCAUGUGCAAAGGGUCCGGGUCCACCCUGACCGGACCCGCUCUGCAAUGGUACAUAAUCCUACCCUCCAGGUCCAUAGCCUCCUUCGCGGUUCUCAGCGAUAAAUUCGUGGAACAAUUCGCCAGCAGCAGGGACCUGGAGAAAACCUCUGAUGGCCUCUACGAAAUCCUCCAGCACCGGGCGGAACCCCUACGAGGCUACAUAACCCGCUUCAAUCAUGAGAAGGUGGCUAUUCCCGAAUGCAGCAUCCCCACUGCUAUCUCCGCCUUCAAGAGAGGCCUGCUCCCCGAUGGGGACCUCUAUAAGGAGUUAACCAAAUACCAGUGCAAACCAUGGAAGACGUCCUAUCUCGAGCCUGGGCGCAGAUACCAGAACCGGCCGAUCGAGAAGGCAGAAGGGAUGACAAUGUCCACGUGGCCUGACCUCUCUCACCUCUUCGUCUCAAAUCCGGAGCUGAUGAAUGUUUUGAGGCAUAUGGGCCAACAGGUCAAGUGGCCUCAGAAGAUGAAAGCACCCGACUCUUUCCGGAACCCUGGUUUCUAA